UAUAAUAUUCAUGCCUGCAUUUAUUUAUAUACCGAAUUUGUCAACCAGCUUCAAUCCCUCACCAGCCUCUCUCUCUAUCUCUCUGUCUCUAGCUCUCUCCACCACAGUCGUGUGUUUUCUAUCAAAGAGAGAGAGAAAAGCAAAGAAAACGGCACCAACAAUGGGAGGUGUGAUCUCUGCAAGCACGUACAAGAGGUUGAGAGGAUACUGGAAGAGGAGAGGCUACGAGAGGUUAAGUGGGUCGACUGGCCAGAGGCGGAGGACGCGAGCGGAGCAACUGGGUUCCUCCCGGGGAAGAUCGCGGUUCUGGCGGAUCAAGGUCACGCCCAAGCUUCGAGUCCUGAGAGUGCCUUCGCCCAAGAGUUUCUUCGUGCGUCUUCGAGACUUGUACGUCAACCUGAUGCUCAGAUUCGCCAACUCGCCACUGUGCAGUGCCGGCGCCGGGUACGGCGGGGCCGUUUCGUGGGACGGGAUCGGUGGAAUUCCGGGACGUUCGCUCAAAGAGUACGACGAGAAGGUGAUCGUCGAGAUAUACAAAUCCAUGGUUAUGGCGCAGGGCCUGGUGCCUCUCGAUGCUGCAAAACUUUUCUCGCAGCGGUUUGUCGAGCACGUACGUAGAAGGCAUGGUCGAAAAUUGCAUCAAUAGGAACUUUGGACUGUUGACCAUAUAUAUGAAAUUAUGAUGUGUGUGUGUGUGUGUGUGAGAGAGAGAGAGAGAGAGAGAGGCCAAUUUAUACUUGACCAACGGAAGAAAGUGUUGGAAAAGUCGGUGGUUUAAAUACUAAGAAUAGUCAACUUGUUGUAAAAAUUAAAGCUAAAACAUAAAAGAAAUUAAGAAUAUUAUAAUAUGUUAUUAAUUUGUAGAAGGUGAGUUUAACAAAUAAUAAUAAUAUUAAUGCCGUAUAUAAAUAUA